GGUCGAGUUUCUGUUUAAAAUGUCAUAUAUAACAACGUAAAAAAGAAGAGUUGAAGUACAAAAGUCAAUUGUCAAUUAUUGACAUAACCUUUCUAAGAACUUGACGUUUCAAAUUCGUGGACGUCCGUGGUAUUCGUGGUAUUUAACAAGAAAUUUUAAAAUAUAUUGCAUCAUUACGUUUAUAAUUCCAACGUUAGUUGUUAAAUACAAAGGCACCACUGAUUAAUAAUUGUUAAACUCAAUAACGACAACAUGUCAGGAGAAAAUAAAGAGCCGAUUUACACCUCCGAGACUCGAGGAAACGACGAGUCUGGCGACGGCAGUGAAAAGAACCCUUUCAAGACUGUUCUACAGGCGAUGCGAAAAGCCGGUUCCGAACCAUUUCCAGUCAUCUACAUGGACAGUAAAGAAGACUCCGCGGUCUUCGAGCCGGCCGCUAAAUCGCAAUUGAAAAAAAUUCAGAAGUUAUGGGUGAGAGAAAACUACAAACAAGCGGAUAAGAGCAAAAAGGAGGAAGAAGACGCGGAAAAACGGAGCAAGAAUUUAGAGGAUGCCAAGAAGAUCACGAUAAGCGAAGAUAAAAGUUUACCUAAAGCGAAAAAAAUAAGGAUUUUCGAAGGCGAAUCUAACCGAGAUGCUAGAGUUAAAAUUAACGGCUGGGCCCACAGGAUCAGAAGACAAGGUAAAAACCUAAUGUUCAUCACUCUACGAGAUGGUACUGGGUUUUUACAAACCGUUCUCAACGAUAAACUUUGUCAAACCUACAACGCCCUCAUCUUACAAACCGAAUCAUCAAUAUCACUGUACGGUACUAUAAAGAAAUUACCCGAAGGCAAAACUGCACCGGGAGGUCACGAACUGAUCGUAGAUUACUGGGAACUCAUCGGAUUAGCCCCGCCAGGCGGAGCGGAUUCCAUUCUAAACGAACAAGCUCUCCCCGACGUUCAAGCCGAAAACAGGCACAUAAUGAUCCGAGGAGAGAACACCUCGAAGGUGCUCAGAAUCAGAUCGGUGCUGCUGCAAGCCUUCCGAGACCACUACUUGGACAGGGGCUACUGCGAGGUGACGCCCCCGUCGAUAGUGCAGACGCAAGUCGAGGGCGGUUCGACGUUGUUCAAAAUGGACUACUUCGGAGAGGAAGCGUAUUUGACGCAAAGUUCGCAGUUGUACCUCGAAACGUGCCUGCCUUCGAUGGGCGACGUGUUUUGCAUCGCCGAGAGUUUCAGGGCGGAGCAGAGCAGGACCAGGAGACAUUUAGCCGAGUAUACGCAUGUGGAAGCCGAGUGCCCAUUCAUUUCGUUCGAUGAUCUCUUGGACCGUUUGGAGGAUCUGAUUUGCGAUGUUGUGGAUCGCGUGUUGAAGUCCCCAUACGGGCACAUCGUGAAGGAGCUCAACCCGAAUUUCAAGGUGCCCGAAAGGCCGUUUAUGCGCAUGAACUACUCCGAUGCCAUAAAAUACCUCAAAGAGCACAACAUCACUAAAGAGGAUGGUAGUUUCUACGAAUUCGGAGAAGAUAUUCCUGAGAUGCCCGAACGAAAAAUGACUGAUGAAAUUAACAAACCGAUUAUGUUGUGUCGGUUUCCUGCCAAUAUCAAAUCGUUCUACAUGUCUAAAUGCCCCGAAGAUAAAGGCCUCACUGAGAGCGUCGACGUGCUUUUACCUAACGUAGGUGAAAUCGUCGGUGGAUCUAUGAGGAUUUGGGAUAUACAAGAACUAAUGGAAGGGUAUAAACGCGAAGGAAUAGACCCGGCUCCUUAUUUCUGGUACACAGACCAAAGGAAAUACGGAACCUGUCCUCAUGGUGGUUACGGUUUAGGUUUGGAAAGAUUUGUUUGCUGGUUGCUCAACAGAUACCACAUCAGAGAAGUUUGUUUGUAUCCGCGCUAUUUGCAUCAUUGUAAACCUUAAAAACGUGCGCUAUUCCAUCGAAUCAAUUUUGUUGCAUUUAUAAAUUGCAUUAGAAUAAGCUAAUUGUUUCCAUUGUAAUCAAUAAAACGAAGCUGCUGAAUAUAUUAAAUUGUAUUUA